AUCAGCACCACUUGCAAACCGUCGGAGAGAAAAAUGGCAGCCGUGAGUUCAUCGGCCGAAUGCGAUUACAAUCGCAUGAAGGAAGUGAAAGAAUUUGAUGAAACAAAAAUGGGAGUGAAAGGUCUCACCGAUUCCGGCAUCACAACAAUCCCUAAGUUCUUCGUACAGAUGCCGGAAGUUCGCUCUACUCUGAAACCGUGUUCGGAAGAUCAUGCCGGAAUUCCCCUCAUUGAUCUUUCUCAAAUAAGCGCCACUGAUCACCGGCCAAGGAUCGUCAACGAGCUCCGAGAAGCCGCCAAGAGCUGGGGUUUCUUCCAAGUGAUCAACCACGGCGUACCUGUUUCGGUUCUCAACAAGACAAUAGAAUCCAUCAAAUCAUUCCACGAGCAACCCCAAGAGCAGAAAGCAAAGCACUACGUCCGGGCGGAGCAGAGCGGCGUAAUGUACGCAAGCAACAACGACUUAUUCCGGUCGAAGGCUGCCAGCUGGCACGACUUUGUCCACGUGUGGAUGUCGCCGGAGCCAGCUGACGCCGACCAGAUACCGGAUGCGUGCCGGUCGGAGAUUGUGGCCUGGGACAGGGAGGCCACGGCGGUGGCGGAGACGGUUGCGGAGCUGUUGUCGGAAGGGCUGGGAGUGGCGGCGGGAAAGCUGAGGGAGGCGGGGCUUUUGGCCGCCAAGACAAUUGCGGGGGUGUAUUACCCUUUUUGUCCUCAGCCGGAUUUGACGCUGGGGCUUAACCACCAUACGGAUCCAGGGGUAUUGACGGUAUUGUUGGAGAAUCAAGUGGUUGGGUUGCAAGUGAAGCAUGAGGGGGAGUGGGUGGAUGUUAAGCCAGUCCCUGGGUCGUUGAUUAUUAACAUUGGAGACGCUCUACAGAUUAUCUCCAAUGGUGAGUGCAUUAGCGUGGAGCAUCGGGUGCUGGCCAACUCUUCGAACGAACCUCGAAUCUCGAUAGUCGAAUUCUUUAACAUGGACAAACGGGUUGAAUCCCGUCGCUACGGGCCUCUUCCAGAGUUGGUCACACCGGGAAGUCCAGCCCGGUAUCGAAACUUCACCGUCAAGGAAUUUCACGACAACUUCUUUAGCAAGGGGUUGGAUAGCAAGUCCCUCGUUGAGAAACUUAUGGUGUGAGAUAUAAGAACCUAAUUUCGAGAUGUACACUCCAUGAGUGAAAGUAUAAACUCCAUGACUGCAAAUUGGAUGAUAAACUUUGCAGAUCGUUGGCAUUGAAUGGUUAUGUAUUAUGAGAAGAACUAAUAAUUCAGGUGUCCAAAUUAGAUACUAAUUUAAAUGAGGGGAUCAGUCAGGUCAAUUAAGAACAAUGGAAGUAUUUGCAUGUGGCUUAAAUUCCUAUAUUGUGAAAGUUGAAAUAUUGUUAAACGUUAUAUUGGUGAGAAUUCGAAAGUGCACGAUUGACUGAUCAGUUGGGAGAUUGU